AAAGAAGGCAAAGAAAAAGGUAAGGAUGUGGAUGAAAGACCUGCUUACAUGGAUGACUUUGAUGAUGAUUUUGGUCAGUACAUGAAGGGUGAGCAUGAUGUAGAUCUUUUCCCUGAAGAAGAAGUUUUUACUCCAGUAGAUCCUAGCAAAAUGGAGGUAAAAACUAGAUUUGCAAAUAAGGAAGCAUUUAAGAAACAUCUCAGGGGUUAUUGUGUUCUUAAUAAGUGUCAAUUUAUUUUGGAUAGAAGUGCUCCCUCUAGAAUUAAGGCUGAGUGUAGGUUUAAAACAGAACAUGAUUGUCCUUGGUUUGUGUAUGCUAGCAAGAAAGAGGGUGAGAAGACUUUUGUUCUUAGGAAAGUGAAUUUGGAACAUAAGUGUGAAGGGGAUCCCCAAAAUAGGAAUAGAUCUGCUGAUCCUCAUUUUGUAAAGGAUUUUGUUCUUGGUCAGAUGAAGAAUAAGCCUAAAAAAGUUGUUCCAGACCCUUAUAAAAUCAAGGAAGACUUCUUAGCUGAAAAGAGAGUAAAUAUACCAUAUCAGUGUGCAUGGAAGGCUAGGAAUCUAGUUUUAGAGUCAUUAUAUGGGAACUAUAAAGAAAGUUACAAUGAAGUACCAGCAUUCUGCAAGAUGUUUACUAAAUGCAAUGAUGGGUCUGUUGCUAAGUCACUUUUGACACAGUGA